AUGGCUACCUACACCAACGUGCAUACCGAAGACCCGGACGAGACGCGGGCAGAAAACUGCGCUAGCCCCAAUCCAUUUAUAGCUCGUCAACCCGUGUCUCAGUUCGUCGAAGCCAUACAUAACUUAAAGCUUCCGAAUUUUUGGAGACAACGACCACAAUUAUGGUUCGCUCAUAUUGAAUCGCAGUUCGUUGUGAACCGCAUUUCAAGCGACAACAACAAAUUCCACGCGGUUGUCGCGGCGCUCGAUGCCACCGUCAUGGAGGAGGUAGCUGACAUAGUGGAGAAGCCGCCUGAAGUAAAAAAAUACGACGAAAUCAAGCGGAAACUCAUCAUCAGGUUCAGUGAGUCACCAGAAAAUCUGCUAAGUAGGGCUCUAUCGGAGUUAGAACUGGGCGAUCUGAAGCCGUCUAGCCUGUGGCGUCAGAUGCGGAGUAUGGUCGAUGGUCAGCUUAGCGACGAUACGCUAAAAACGUUCUGGCUAAAAAAGCUGCCAAGCAGAGCGCGUGAAAUCCUAACGGUAGCGACCAACAUCGACGUAGACGCCCUGACCGAAAUGGCCGACAAGAUCAUGCGCGUGAACGAUUCACACGUGGCCGCCAUCAGUUCGUCCAAGUCUAAUGAAAACCGGUUCGAACGAGAGCUUGCGGUCAUCAACAAGAAAUUCGAGCAACUAACGGCUGAACUACGAAACAACCGACAGAGACAACGAUCUCGAUCUCGCUCUACGGGACGGCGACGAACAACCAGCACAUCGUUGCCAUCGUCACCCGGCGCCAACGAUAUUUGCUACUAUCAUCGCCGCUUUGGCAACUGCGCAAGGAAUUGUCGUGCGCCAUGCACCUUUCGCCAACCGGAAAACUAA